AUGUAUGUAUCUAUCUAUUUCUAUCACUCUCUCUCUCUAUCUAUCUAUCUAUCUAUCAAAAAUUCUAUAAUAAGAUUCAAAUUCCUAGUUACUUUCCACCUAUCCGCUAUCUAUCUAUCUAUCUAUCUAUCUAUCUAUCAAAAAUUCUAUAAGAUUCUAAUUCCUAUUACUUUCCACCAUCGGCUAUCUAUCUAUCUAUCUAUCUAUCUAUCUAUCUAUCUAUCUAUCUAUUUAUCAAAAUUCUAUAAUAAGAUUCAAAUUCCUAUUACUUUCCACCCAUCGGCUAUCAUUCAUUCUAUCUAUCUAUCUAUCUAUCUAUCUAUCUAUAAGAUUCUAAUUCCUAGUUACUUUCCACCCAUCGGCUAUCUAUCUAUCUAUCUAUCUAUCUAUCUAUCUAUCUAUCUAUCUAUCUAUCAAAAAUUCUAUAAUAAGAUUCAAAUUCCUAGUUACUUUCCACCUAUCCGCUAUCUAUCUAUCUAUCUAUCUAUCUAUCUAUCUAUCAAAAAUUCUAUAAGAUUCUAA